AACGAAUUUCAGAUCCAACAAUUUAAUCAUCUAUCAGUGAUUUGUGGUCACUUUCAUCGUCAACGCGAAUCAGUCACCGAAGUGAAAAGAGAGAUGAGGUUGUUCGAUCCGUGGCCAGUGUUCUUCAAGAGGGAGUGGAAACGUUGCUGGCCGUUUCUCACCGGAUUCGCCGUAACCGGCGUCCUCAUCACCAAGCUCACGGCUGGAUUCACCGAGGAAGACGCCAAGAACUCCAAGUUUGUCCAACAACACAGGCGGUAA